AAGAAUAUGCGAAAAUAAAUACCGUUACGAGAAUGUGCCACGUGUCACUCUUAUUCGCAUUUUGAAACCAUUCAUCCUUCGCCACAAUAACACUCUGUCUUCUCUUUCCCCAUACCGCUUCAUCCCCAUCAUCAUCUUCUUCUUCCGAUUUAAUUCAAUUAUUCUUCAUUAGAAAUCAGAAACCCUAGUUCUUUCCUCUAUAUUUGGAUCCGUAUUUAUUAUUCGUUUAUGGUUAAUUUCCAUAACGUGAUUGUUUAUUUAUUAUUUUUUGUGAUGUUAACGUGAUUGAUUCAAUCACUGUGUUUAUUUGUUUCUUUCUUCCUGAUUUGUCUGAAACUUUGGGAGUUUUAUAUGAUGUGAUGUGUAAUAAAGGGUUUCAAUGCUUGAGCGAGUCUGAGACUGUAAUUGAUUUUCGACAAAACUUUAUUAUCAUGGAUAGUCCCACGGCCGUUCGAUCUCCGGCCACCACGGCUGGUUCGGGUUCCGGUUCCAACGAGGAUGGUCGUCGUGUUAAAUUUUUGUGUAGCUUUCUAGGUAGUAUAAUGCCUCGUCCGCAAGACGGGAAGUUGCGUUAUGUUGGUGGUGAGACGAGGAUUGUGAGUGUUUCGAGAGAGGUUAGCUUUGAGGAGUUGAUGGGGAAGAUGAGGGAGUUGUAUGAAGGUGUUGCUGUGUUGAAGUAUCAACAGCCUGAUGAGGAUCUUGAUGCACUUGUGUCUGUUGUUAAUGAUGAUGAUGUGGUUAAUAUGAUGGAGGAGUAUGAUAAGUUGGGUUCUGGAGAUGGGUUUACUAGGCUUAGGAUUUUCUUGUUUUCGCAAUCGGAGCAAGAUGGUUCGGCGCAUUUUAUUGAUGGGGAUGAUUCGGAGAGGAGGUAUGUGGAUGCGUUGAAUAGUUUGAAUGAUGCUUCUGAGCUUAGGAGGUUGCAACAAAUGGAGUUUCCUAUGAUUGGAACAAUUGAGGAUAUUCAUGUGGGCGAUCAGUUUGGGAAUCCGAUGGGUUUGGAAAAUGGGAUUCAUAGCCAGAGAAGUGGGGAGCUAGGCAUGUCGCCGUAUAAUUUGCAUCAUAUACCGAUUCAGCAUCAGCAACCUAUGGGACAGAGGUAUAAUGAAAUUGAUGCUCAGUGGAAUCCUGGUUAUUACUCUCCCAGGCAUCAUGGUCUUAGUCAUCAUGACUCUAGAUCAUCAUUGGUUGAUUAUCCAUCUUCUCCAUCUGCAACGAGAUACCGUGUGCCGUUUCCUGAUAUGCCAGAUAAGGGAAUCGAUAGAGUGUCUGAAGACUAUGCUCGGCAUCACGGAAAUCAUCACCAUCCUUUGUAUGAGAAUCAACCUCAGUAUCCUGAGAAUGUUGUGUGGCUGCCAACUGGAGCAGCACAUGGUGAUAAGUCUGGUUUUCAAGGCAACGUUCUUCAUAGUUCCCAUGGCCAUGAUGGUAAUAAUAUAUGUGAGCACUGUCGAAUGAAUUUUCAGAGAGCUCAACCUCAUUUGGAGCAUCCUAAUAUGCUUCCACCUGUAUCCGUUCCAUGUCCAGAAUGCCACUCUAGCAGGGAAGCUCUCGCUGUGAAUGUUGAUGCCAAGUUACCACCUUCUAUGUAUCCCAAUGAUAUUCAGAAUCAUGAGAGGGCUUGUGGUUUGCAGCAUCAGGGUUCUGGAAGAGUGUCUGAUCAUUAUGUUGGUGAUGUUCCGAUCAUUAAUUUCCCUCCUGGACAUGGUAGUUUGAUUGACGGGCAUGCUCUUCCUUCCAGUCAUGUUCACCAACAGGUUGGACCUGAAUUGGGGGUUGAACUGUUCCCUGACCAAACCAUGGCUGCUAUGCCACAUCUAAAAAUUCCUUCAUUGGAAGAAUCUAGUGCGCAGUAUGGAAAUGUACCGUCUACUUAUGGAGUAGAUAAUAAUUACGCCAUGCCUCGUGGACAUGCACCUGGUUAUACUCUUUGGACAAAUGGUCCAACUCCAGUUCAUAUUGGACCACCAUACGAGGCAACGACUCUACAUCAGCCAGUUGAUGGUGUGACAAAUGCCGGACUGUUCAGAGGAGAGGGAAGACCAGGUUUUUUCAUUGGAACGGAUAGUCAAAGUCUUUGGGUUGAUUCGUCACAGAAAUUUUCUGGUCAUGAUGGGUCCGCCAUCCCAGAAUACCCUUAUGCAAAUGCUCCGAAGUUAAAUCCAAUUCCCACCGGUCAGGAAAUUCAACACCCAAUUAUUCUAGAUGCCACCAUUCAUCCCCCACAAGACGGAAAUGCUGGUACUUGCGUGGAACCUGUGCAGCUGCAAAAAUCUUCUCUUAAUAUCAUUCACAAUAACGAGGUUUUAAUAAAUGAUGCUCAUUUGACUGAAGUGAUGGGUUUGCAAUCUGUAAGUUUGCUUGGAGAAGGAAACAAGUCAAAAUGUGAAGAUAAGGUUGAAAACUUUAAUGUGCAAAGGGUAUCUUCUCGAGAUCAAAAUCAAAUUGUUGAAGAUGUAUCCAACGCUGCUGCUGUUAUUGUUGAGUCUAAUAAUUCAUCCUUGAAACCUUCAUCAGAGUUUGGAUUUGUCGAGAAACUGGUUGAUAAGGACUGUUCUGAUCCCGGAGAUUCUCAGCAUUUAGUUGAUCAAUUCAAUAUCUUGCCUGAGUUAAUUGCUUCUGUUAAAAAGGCUGCAUUGGAAUGUCAUGAUGAGGUGAAACCCACAGGUGAAGAGCAUGCCGAUUGUCAGAUGAACAAUUCAAAUACCAGAGAAGAAACAGAAAAAGAAGUUGAGCCAGUGAAUGCUCUUGGUGAUUUAGAAUUAGACACUGAAAAUGACCAUGUAGAUACUUCUAAAAUUGAGCCUACAAAAGCUGAGGCAGAAGCAAUUGCUAGGGGAUUGCAGACUAUUAGAAAUGAUGAUCUGGAGGAGAUCCGCGAGCUAGGUUCUGGAACUUAUGGGGCUGUUUAUCAUGGGAAAUGGAAAGGUUCUGAUGUUGCCAUUAAGAGAAUAAAAGCCAGUUGUUUUGCUGGAAGACCAUCUGAAAGAGCAAGAUUGAUUGCAGAUUUCUGGAAGGAGGCAUUGAUGCUUAGUUCAUUGCAUCAUCCUAAUGUUGUCUCCUUUUAUGGUAUUGUUCGUGAUGGCCCUGACGGGUCUUUAGCAACAGUAACAGAGUUCAUGGUUAAUGGAUCUCUGAAACAGUUCUUGCAUAAGAAGGACAGAACGAUAGAUCGUCGGAAGAGGCUCAUUAUAGCCAUGGAUGCUGCAUUUGGGAUGGAGUAUUUGCAUGGAAAGAACAUUGUGCAUUUUGAUUUGAAAUGUGAGAAUCUAUUAGUCAAUAUGAGAGAUCCACAAAGGCCGGUCUGCAAGAUUGGUGAUUUGGGUCUAUCAAAGGUUAAACAACACACACUAGUGUCUGGAGGGGUACGAGGAACUUUGCCAUGGAUGGCACCCGAGCUUCUUAGUGGGAAAAGCAAUAUGGUGUCAGAGAAGAUUGAUGUUUACUCGUUCGGGAUAGUCAUGUGGGAGUUACUCACCGGCGAUGAACCUUAUGCUGAUAUGCAUUGUGCUUCAAUAAUAGGAGGAAUUGUGAACAACUCUUUACGUCCUCAAAUCCCGACAUGGUGCGAUCCCGAGUGGAAGUCUCUAAUGGAAAGCUCCUGGGCUUCUGAUCCUGUAGAUAGACCGUCAUUUUCAGAAAUUUCCAAGAAGCUGAGGACUAUGGCUGCUUCAGUGAAUGUGAAAUAGUCAAUUAAUCUUGAAACACUCAAACGCCCUUCUUACAUUUUAUGUAGCCUAGAAUUGGUAAUUGAAGGGAAAUAAGGCGAAGCGGGGUUCUUCCUGUUCAAGGUGCCAACAAAGCUUAGCUUUAAAAGGGGAAAAAUAUAUUUAAAGGAGUAUUCAACAACCUUAUGCAAGCUUGUAUUGUAAUAUCAUAUUCUUCCUUGGUUUAGUCUAAACAGUCUUUUAUAUUCUUGCCUUUAAUGGUAUUUACCUUAGCACAGUUAAAUGCACUAUAGCAUGGAUUUUCUCCGGUAGCGGCAUGGUGGGAAUAUCAGUCUGUCACACUUUUUACACGUGAUAAUCAACUGAGGAGGAACCAUGCUAUCUGGAGGGAUGUAUAUAAUUAACCAACAUGUCUCAUGUGCUUCUUAUGGAGAGGAUAAUAAUGAAUUAUGUUUUCCAUUUGCAGAUGGAACACAUUCAUUUUGUCAUCAACAUUUUAUUGAAUUGCUUCAAUAUAUUUAUAUGAUAUAUAUUUUCAAUCA